AUGACAACAUCGCCGGCCCGCAAAAAGGCUCCUUCCGCUUCCUUCUGCCUUACUCCAGUUACCACUUCGGACGUUGUUGUACGUCCGGCUGGUGUUCAGAGUGCGAACAGAUGUUCAUUGAUUCAUGUCAUCGAGUCGGAGAAUGAAAUUUCCUGGUAUAUCGACGGCGCUAAGCAAGGAGCUAUGAAAAGGGAGGAUUCAAGAGAGGUAGCAGGGAAAGUCGGUGGAAGAGCAAUCUUCAUGAUUGCUGCCGUUGUCGGAUUAGAUGAGGUGACGAAACGAAAGAAGCCUAUGAUAUGA